UUCAGUUAUUCUCUCUCUUUCCCUCCAACCUCUGCAACCCGUCAUCACUCUCCGUACUCCCCUGUAUAACGAUCUCGAAAAUCAAGAAAACUCCAUAGCCAAAAUGAUGAAAGCUCUAAUCAACCGUUUCAAGAGUUCUCGCCCUUUCAAAGAAUUCCACACAGAUUGGAUUAACACCCUAAAAUCCAGCAUCCUCCCUCUUCUCUCUCGUUCCCUCUCCUCCCCAUCUCCAGACCAUCAUCUCCUUGCUACCCAAGUCGAACUCCUUCACACCCACUUCAAUUCCUACUUCUCCGCCCUUGAUCUUGCCUCUAACGACGACGUUUCACAGCUCCUCUUCCCUGACUGGCGAAAUCCCCUCGAAAAGCCCUUUCUUUGGUUCGGCGAUUUCCACCCUUAUUCCUUCACUAAUCUCCUCCGUUCUUUCCUCGAAGACGAUGACGAUGAUAGUGACAAUGAUGCUAAUUACGAUUUUCUGGGUAAUGUCUGGAAAAGUCGAGAUGUUUCUGUGGGGCAUAUCGUCGAACAGGUGGAGUGCGGUUUGAGAUUGAUGGUUCCUUCAAUUGUGGCGCGUUCUAGGGAUGCUCAGGCUGCUUUGGUUGAAAAAUUAUCUGCUGGAUGGAGACAAAAUGGUGAGAAUUUUGAGGUUGACGAGGUGGUCGGAGAAUUGGUUGACAAGAUGACUUGUGUUUUCUUGGAUGCUAAUAGGUUAAGAAGAAGUGUUCUUGCUGAUAUAAUGGAGGCUUUGAAUGUUUACCAAGCUGCGUUUUUUCUUCAAGGCCUUGCAAAAUUCUAUGUUGGGUUUUCGGAUCCUAACUUGCUUGAUCAGUUUAGCAACUCUACAUAGACUCUAGAUUAAUGGCUUCCUCUGGAACUUUACAAUUGUCUUGUAAAUUUUACGGAAAUCUGGUUUCUUAACUUUUGAAUUUCUUGAUGGGGAAAGAGAGGAAUCUGUCUUGGGAUUUUUUAACAUUUUGGGGUCAUUAUCAAGCUGAUAAUUCUCGGUUAAUUAUGUGGAGGAAGGUCUCUAUUUUUCGUUAUAAUUGUUCUGCUUGUGAAUUCUUCAUCUGGAAAGAAAACAUUCCACGACUAUGCGUCGUAAGUUCUGUUGUACAAACUUUGCUAUUCAUAGCAAUUACAAUACAGAAAUAAAGUUCAUAUUUGCUGGUCUA